GAGCGGGCAUACCGGCGCCGGGUCAUCCUAUCGGCAUCAGAUCCUCGCCUAUCGGAGAAGAAGUUCGUGGAGGCGCCCGUCAUCGUGGCCAACAACGAUGCGAAGUACCAAAUCAACAAGGACCGCUCCAAGGCCUAUGCGCAGUCCGCGGAGACAGAGUGUCGCCUCUCCGUGGCGCUGGAUUUGGCCAGCAACGAGGCCUUGCAGGCCGCAGACUGCGACAAGGCGGCGAAGAUCCGGUGGCUGCAGUACCACGACCGGGAUACCGCCGACCUCUGUGGCAUGCUGCCGUUGGCCAUCGGCAUGCCCGUGGCCCUGACCCAGCACCUCGACCGCUCCGAGGACAAGCUCCUGCUGCGGGGCCGCGUGGGCCGCGUGCACUCCUGGCUCUGGCCCGAGAACAACCAGUACGUCAAAUUCGAGAAAGCGUCGUGGCAGCUGGACGGGGCCUCCGAACCUGGGCUGUACCCCGUGGAGCUGAAGAAGCGUGCCUGGUUUCUGGAUGCGAAGAGAAAGAAGCCUGUGCUGAAAGUCAAGCGCCAGCAGAUUCCCUUGGUGCCCGCCUUCGCCAUCACGGCUCAUGCCAGUCAAGGCAAGACCCUUGCGGCAGCUUUAUUGGACCUCAACAUCGACAAGCGCACGGAUCCCGCCUUGGGCACUGUGGCAGCCAGCCGCGUGAGGAGUCGGCACGACGUGCUGAUCAUGAGGCCUUUUCCGUUGUGGCUUUUCCAACGCGGUGCGGCCGAAGGGCCCAAGCUUCUGCUGGAGAGCUUGAGAGGACAGGAGAUAGACUGGACGGCUUAUCGCGAAGCGCGGCAGCCAACUGCAACUUGCAAGGAGUGUCGGCUUGUCAAAGCCGUGCAAGCUUUCUAUGAUGCAGAAUGGUCGCGGGUACGCUCCAAUCAGCCCGCCACCUGCAUAGCGUGCACCAACAAAGGCAAGCCGAAACCAGGACCGCCGAAGCGCAAGUAUUCUGGCGGCUCGGCCAGCUUCGUCUGCAGCGGCUGCAAGAGAGCCAAGAUAGAAGAUGCUUUUCCACGUGCCCAGCUCAAUCAGCAGGAUGCUGAGGCCAAGCGCCGGUGCCUGCCCUGCCUCCGAGCUGCAACGGCGCUCACUUGCACCGUCUGCAAAUCCAGCAAGCCCGUGGCCGAGUUCGAAGCUUCCAUGGUCACACUGCCGGCAGAAGAUGUGGUUUGCAGCUCGUGCCAGGAGAGAAUCAAGCAGAGGGGAGUUAAGAACUCGCGUGAAGGAUGGUUCACCUGCAAGAGCUGCAAAGGAUUCUUCAAAGCGCCGCCGCUGGAUUCACAGGGCCAGCGACAACAAUAUUGCGGGAACUGCUCCUGUCGCAGCACGCGGGCAGCCAAUCAGCAGAAGUGCCGCAGCUGCGGGAAGAUGUUCCAGCAGACUCAGAAGAAGGGCCAGCCGCGUGUGCGAAAUUGCCCGGGCUGCCGGCGGCCGGCUUCUAGAGGUGGGGAUGCAACCCCGUCCAAAACCGAUUAA